GCGCACGCGUAUGGCGACCAGUUAGUUUGAAAACCAGUAGGGCUACAACACCCUAAUGCACCAUUAAUGUUGGAUGCCAACCGUCGUUAAACAACAAGGAAGAAAGAGGAACGUUUUCCUUAACAACAAGCAACGUUCAACGCUUGACUAAGUGGUACGUGACACAAGACUCCAAACACGGAUCAGAAAGUUAGCCAACACAAUGAGGCUAGUCAUUCUGGACGACUAUAACCUGGCCAGCGAGUGGGCAGCAAAAUACAUCUGCAACAGAAUCGUCCAAUUUAAGCCCUCCGCUGAGAGAUACUUCACUCUGGGCUUGCCUACAGGCAGUACUCCAUAUGGCUGUUACCAAAAGUUAAUUGAAUUCUACAGAAGUGGAGAUAUUUCCUUCAAGUAUGUGAAAACAUUCAACAUGGAUGAAUAUGUAGGUCUACCUCGUGCUCAUCCAGAGAGCUAUCACUCCUACAUGUGGAACAACUUCUUCAAGCACAUUGACAUAGAUCCAGCCAACGCUCACAUCCUGGAUGGAAACACAGAGGACCUAGAGGCGGAGUGUCAGGCCUACGAGCAGAAGGUUGCAGAGGCAGGAGGAAUAGAAUUGUUCGUCGGAGGUAUUGGCCCUGACGGUCACAUAGCUUUCAAUGAGCCGGGAUCCAGCCUUGUUUCCAGGACCAGAGUGAAAACCCUGGCUAAGGACACCAUUGUGGCAAAUGCUCGUUUCUUUGGCAAUGACCUCUCCAAGGUUCCCACCAUGGCUCUGACUGUGGGUGUUGGAACUGUCAUGGACGCCAAGGAGGUGAUGAUUCUGAUCACAGGAGCACAUAAAGCCUUUGCCCUGUAUAAAGCCAUAGAGGAGGGGGUGAACCACAUGUGGACUGUAUCAGCCUUCCAGCAGCACCCACGCACCAUCUUUGUCUGUGAUGAAGACGCCACCCUGGAGCUACGAGUCAAAACAGUCAAAUACUUCAAAGAGCAGUAGACCACGAUCCACCCGGCCCAAACGACCAGGCACUAUGGUGCGUGCGGUGAUCGCUCCGAGAGGAAAGAGAGCCAGCAGAGGAGCCAUGCUGGCCCAACUUUGACUUCAUUCUGCUCCUAAGGAUCUGGUCUGGACAAAAUGGCACUCAUGUUGACCAAGUAACAGAAUUCAGACACUGUCCACAUCGUUACAGAGACCUGAUCAAGCACUCAGCAGUUGGUCCAUGUUCUGAGCUGUCAGUGCAAGACUCCGGCAAGAUGAGAGGACUCUCUGGUGCACAAAUGCAAUCAAGAUGGACUCUGCUCUCAGACUUUUUUAUGUGAAGAUGAAACUUUCAUGAUAUCAUCUGGUUGCUGCUGUUUAAAUUCACCCCAGAUGCAAAUUCAAAAAAUGCACUGUUGUUGGAAUGUUUGGGGUUUAUGUGUGUAUGUAUAUAUGUAUAUAAAUAACUGUAUUGUUUAAUUUUAUUUUAUAUGUUACCAUAUUUUAAUAUAGGCCUACACUUAAUUAAAUGUUGUGUGUGUAGCAGGAAGGAACUGCAAAUUUUGUUUCGUUACGCAGCCUUAUAUAAUAACUAAUAAACAACCUUCUACCUUG